AUGUCCACCGCCCUCGACUGGCCCAAGCUCCGGCGCUCGUCCCCCGACCCGACAGCUCCGCGCACGCCCCCCGCCCCGCUUCUGGCGCUGUACAAGCUCCUCGCGGCGCUCGGCGUGCUGGGCUCGCUCCCCUUCGUGAUCCCGUACACGAUCCUGACGCACUUCCUGCGCGGCCCGCGCUUGCGCUGGCAGACGCUGCGCGACCACCUCAUCACCAACAUUGUUCGCGUCGCGCUCAUCCAGCACACGCUCUUCCUCCCCGGUGUCGACUGGUUCGAGUGGCGCGCCGUGCGUUCCAAGUCGAGCGAUGCCCCCGGCGUCACUGUGACCAAGGUCACGCUGCCGCCUGCCAAGCUGCCGCGCACUGGCUUCGCGGCCCUCGCCAAGGCCGCCCCUGGAGAGAAGGCCAUGCUCUACUUUGUCGGAGGUGGAUACGCCUUCGGCCACCCCCUCGAGCGCACCUACGUCUUCAAGGUCGCUCACGACAUCAACAUCCGCGUGCUCGCCGUCAACUACCGCAAGACGCUCACCCCCGAGACCGCCUUCCCCGCGCCUCUCCUCGACGCCGUCGCUGGAUGGGAGUACCUUACCAACGCGCUCGGCUUUGAGCCCAAGAACAUCACCGUCAUGGGCGAGUCGGCCGGUGCCAACCUGUCGCUCCUCCUGCAGCGAUACCUGUACGACUCUGGUGUCGAGGGACCUGGUCAGCUGGCCCUCUCCGGACCCUGGGUCGACAUGUCGCCCACGAACAUCACGCGCGCGUCCAUGGUGAACAACUGGGGCGUGGACUACAUCACCUGGCUUGCGAAGCUCUCGGCCCACGCCGCGCGCCAGCACUACACGGACGAGGCGGCGACAACGCCGUACUUUGCGCCCGCUAACGCGACGGGUGCGCAGUGGUCGAACCUGGUCAAGCCCGGCGUCAAGGUCUACAUCCACGGCGGUGAGAAGGAGAUUCUCGUCGACGAGAUCCGCACCCUGUACAAGAACAUGAGCGAAGCGGGCGUCGACGUCGUGUACGUCGAGGAGCCGCAUGGGUUCCACAUCACCCCUACCAUGAGCGACAUCUUCCAGGGAUCCACGGGCUACAAGGUCUUCUCGAAGGACAUCUACCCCUUGAUUCACCGCGAGGUCGACCCCACCAACUGGCCCCCGUCGCAGGGCGACAAGAAGAACGUCUAG